UCUCGAAAGAUUUGUACUUAUCAUUGAAGAAUGUAGUCAGUGAUUAUAUUAAUGUGAUAAAAUUUGUAAAUUUCAUUUUCAGAAUAUAAAAAUUAGUUUUUAAAUUAUUAAAACUUACCAACUUUUGUGAAUAAUAAAAAAUUUUCCAAACAGAUAUAAUAAAUAAAUUGAAAACACAUUUUUCAGUUGUUUAGACAUAAAUAUUGAGAAAUAAAAAAUUGAAUAAAAAGAAAUAAAAUGGAAUUAAUUCAUAACUUACCGAAUGGACCACUCGAUGAAUAUCGAAAACGUGCGAGUUUCAAUUGGAAAUCCUUAAAAUUACAUUUGGAAGGCGAAGAUUUUGUGCAAUCACAAGAAAAUUUGUGGAAAUUUAUAAAAAAUAGUUCAGAAUUUCAACAUUCUAAAGAAUCAUUAACUCUCGAUGAGACCAGAAAAAGAGCAUAUCGUCAAGUACUCGCUCUUUCAAAAAUCAAGGAUGAUAAAUUUGGAACUUGGGCCCAAUGGCUAAGAUUUUAUGACGCUUCCAUAGGACCAAUCAGAAGACUUUCACAGGAAGUUGUACCGGAAGCUAUUCGAGAUCUGGGAACAGAACGUCAUCGAAAAUUCAUUUCAAAAUUCAUCGAUGGCACCUUUCUAGGAUGUUUGUGCUUUACGGAAAUAGCCCAUGGAUCAAAUUUGAAGGGAUUAAAAACAUCAGCAACAUACGAUGUGUCAACGGGAAAUUUCAUAUUACAAACACCAAAUUUCGAAGCAGCAAAAUGUUGGUCUGGACUAUUAGGAAAAACAGCAACACAUGCACUUCUCUACGCCCAAUUAAUUACUCCCGAUCGAAUAAAUCAUGGUCUUCAUCCAUUUAUUGUUCCAAUUCGAGAUCCAGAAACACGUUUGCCUCUAUCGGGAAUAAUUGUCGGCGAUAUGGGGGAAAAAAUUGGUCUCAACGGUUUGGACAAUGGUUUCUUGUUGUUUAAAAAUUAUUCUCUUCCACGUGAAUAUCUACUCAAUAAAAUUGCAGACGUAUCAAAAGAUGGAAUUUAUAGUACAAAUGUCAAAAAACAAGAAAAGCGAUUCGCGAAAUUUUUAUCACCUCUUUCUACUGGACGAGUGGGAAUUACUCUUCACGCGACAAUGUUCUCAAGACUUGCUUUAACAAUUGCCAUUCGAUAUUGUGCUGUUAGAAAACAAUUUGGUCCAAAUGAAAAAGAGGAAAUUCCUGUAAUUGAAUAUCAAGUUCAGCAAGGUCGUUUAUUUCCUCACAUAGCUGCUUUAUAUGCGUGGACAAUUUUUGGAUAUAAUAUCCUCAGGAUGUCAGAUUCAAAGAAAUUAUCAAUGGCAGAAAGUUCAGAAAUGCAUGCAUUAAUUUCAGCAACAAAACCACUUUCCACUUGGAGUUCUCAAACUGCUAUUCAAGAUUGCAGAGAAGCCUGCGGAGGACAUGGAUAUCUAAAAGCAUCUCGAUUAGGAGAAAUGAGAGCAUCAAAUGAUCCCUCAGCUACUUACGAGGGAGAAAAUACAGUUUUAAUUCAACAAGCGAGUAAUUGGCUUUUAAAUCAAUGGGACAAUUUUAAAAGGGGAAAAGGAAUUUCCUCGCCUCUUGAAACUGCAGGAUUUUUAAAAACAGCAGUUUAUAUUCUUUCACAAAAAUUUCAUGCCACCACCGUUGAGGAAACUCUUAAACUUGAUAAUCUUCUCAUCAUGCACAAAUGGUUGACAUGUUACUAUCUUAUGAAAACUUAUGAGCACACGCAAAAUUUAAGAAAACAAGGAAUGAAUUCUUUUGAGAUUCGAAAUAAUUCACAAAUGUUUUUCGCUCGUUCUUUGUCAUUGAUUUAUGCCGAGCAUGCAGUGGUAAAAAGUUUUAUGAAUCGAAUUGAAGAUCCAAUUUUCGUGAAAUCGGAACGUUGUGUUUUGAAAAAAUUGUGUGCAUUAUUUUCUGCUUCCUGCCUUGAGAAAAGAAUGGCCGAUUUUUAUGCUGGUGGAUUUGCGACUGUUCAUUCGAAACUUGACGUUUUACUUCGUACUGGAAUUGUUUCACUCAACAAUGAUUUACUCAAUGAAGCUGUGACUUUAAUUGACGUUCUUGCACCACCAGAUUUUGUUGUCAAUUCUCCUCUAGGAAUGUCAGACGGCGAGAUUUACAAACAUUUGGAAGAGAAUUUCUUUGGGGAUGCAAAAAAUUUCGAACGUCCAUCUUGGUGGAUGGAAUUAAAAUCUAAUCUGUAAUUGAAUGUAAAAUAGUUUUCUAAUCAAAAAACCAAUAUGAAAUAAUAUUUUUCUUAUAUUUUUGUAAUAUUUAGAAAAAAAAUUUUUUAUUGAGUAAAAAUUUUUAUUCUUCUAUAA